CUGAGAGCUGCGGUCAAGAGCAGAGUGGGCGGGAUAGAUGGCGCAGUGGACGCGGUGGUUGAUCGAUUUGCGGAUUAUAUUCGGCUUGCUGCUGCAGGUGGUGCAGCAGAGAUGCCAGCUGGCAGCAAGCUGGCGCAAGAGUUUGCCAGGGGCACGGGCUGGCAUACCUCACCGAGAUUGAUGUGCUGGGCGGGUCGGCGAAGCCCGAGUCAGUUGAGGCGCGCAUGCUGUCGCUUGCUGCUCAGCCUGCUCUCCAGCUCUGGUGUUUUUGUUGUCGGCACGACGACCAGGCUGCAGGCAAUUCCACCCGAGGUUCGUCGUCCUGGCCGGCUGCACACAAUCGUGGAGGUCCAUCUGGCUGACACGGGGGCGCGCGCCAAGGCGCUUGGAAUUAUUCUGGAAAAUUUCGAGACAAUUGCGCCCGGUGACAUCCAGGCAAUUGCCAGAAGGUCGCAUGGAUUCACGGCGGCCGACCUGCAGAGCCUGUGCCUGCGCACCUUCAUGGAGUGCAAGGGGAGCGCAACACCGAGUGACUUUCUCAGGCACGCUGAGGACGUCCGGCCGUCGAAUCUGAACAGCUUCCAAGGAUUCGGUCGCUUGUUGUCGACCCGCUGUUGCAUCGCGGACAAGUACCGCACAAUGCAGGUGGAUCCGCCACGCGGGAUUCUGAUCCACGGGCCGCCGGGAACGGGGAAGUCGAUGAUGUGCUGUGCGCUGGCGGGCGAGCUCGCUGUCAACACGAUCUGGGUAGAUGCGUCGCAGAUGCGGUCAAUGGAUCGUUGGCGACUGUUUGCGCAGGCCCGCCAGAGCGCGCCGUGCAUUCUGCUAUUCGACCAUAUUGACGCGCUCGCGCCAAGGCGAGGAACCAGCAAGACGUCAGAAAACACGAGUGACCGGAUUGUGACAAGCCUGCUGAUUGAGAUGGACGGGUUCGGGGCUGCCGGCUCGGAUGUGUUCGUGGUUGCAGUCACCAGCCGCCCACAUGUGGUAGAUCCGGCGCUGUUGCGGCCGGGACGUCUGGAUGUGCACAUCGGCCUGGAUGUUCCUGAUAACAAGGCAACAAGCGGAAGGCGAAUUCUCGACGGGUACCUGAACAAGAUGCCCGCGGCAGCAUCACAUGUCCGGCACAGCGGUGGCGCCGAUUUGGCAAACCUGUGCCGCGAGGCGGCAUUGAGCGCGCUGCGGCGAGAUAUUGAAUCAGCAAAGGUCACCAAGGCGGACCUACUGCAGUGCCUCAACUGAGCGGGGGGUUGAGACUCUUUCUGGCGGCAGUGGCACCACCGAAUUGCCUGCAUGGCGGCGACGGUGGCGGCUACUGCUGAUGGUCUCUGGCGUUCCAUCUAUACGGCGGUAGAGCCGUGGAAACGGCAGCAUUUGGGGGUGUGGUUGUGCCGAUGCCGAGUGCAGAAUAAAAUAUUGCGACAGGCUUGUUCGCUGAGCCUCCCCUUGGGUAUUGUCUGCGGCAAAUGCAAGUGCUUGUUACCUACAGGUGCCAGUUGCGGCAGCCGCCCGCCUCGCUCUCGGCGAUAGACAGUUCUUCCAGACCCUGAGACAAUACAGCAUAUUCCGGGACACUGCGCAGGCCAAUGCACACUUCAGAGUGGAUUUCAGU